UUUUAAUGGCACAUUCAAAUUUCACUACCUUCUUCCCAUAUGCUACCAGGCCUUCUUCGCGGUAGGCCAGUGGUCGUCAAUUCACUCGUCCUGGUGCUAGCUUCGCAGCACUUACCUUGGCAGCUGAACCAAGCGAUACCAAAUUUUACAUUUCUGGUUUCUUCUUUGGCCGUACUAGUAGUACGCUUCAUUGGUAUGAUUCACAAGGUAAACAUGGACUGGUACAUUAUGAACAGAUCCUAUUUCUCUGAUGUGUAGCCCUUUGGUCGAUUGAUAGACGGCGACGCUACUGGAUUCCCCCCUCAAGUAGCCACCACUGCAGCACGAACCAGUGUCAUCUUAGUCUCUGAAGCUUUGGAGCGGAAUGUAAAGGAAACACUUCCUUUUUCCCGUCGGCGUGGAAUUCACGUUUUAGUUUCAAUCGGUAGACCCUAUUUC